AUGGAAUCCAAAGAACUGGAUACCGACACUAUCAAGCCCGCGCUCGUCCCAACAGAUGUGGAGGUGGCCGAAGGUCGCUUGGACAAGAUCGAGCUGGAUAAGGACGAGGAGAAUAGAAAUGAAGAGUUUAGCUAUGAAUCGCAUCGCUCUCCAUUCCCCGAAGUUAGGGCUGUCGUCCCUGAGACAGACGAUCCUACGAUGCCAGUCAACACCGUUCGAAUGUGGUUUCUAGGCAUCAUCUUCACCAUUCUCGGCUCGGGCAUCAACCAGUUCUUCUCGCUGCGAUAUCCAUCAGUCCACAUCGUAGCCCUCGUGGCCGAACUACUAGCCUACCCGAUCGGUGUAUUCCUCGCAAAGACACUUCCUCUCAAAUCGUUCAGUCUAGGGCCCCUGGGAACAUUUGUCCUCAAUCCAGACAGAUCAUUCAACAUAAAGGAACACGCCCUUAUCGUAAUCAUGAGCAACGUCUCCUUCGGCUACGCCAGCGCAGACUCAACGAAUAUCAUCCAAGCAGCCAGCAAAAAUUUCUACGACUUCAACCUCAAGCCAGGCUUCUACGUCCUCAUCGUCCUCGUCGCCCAGCUCCUCGGCUUCGGCGUCGCAGGCCUCGCUGCCCCAUGGCUCGUCGAACCAGCUCGCAUCAUCUGGCCCGGCGUGCUAUCAAACUGCGCCAUGCUGGAAACUCUGCACUCACGCGCAAACCGCGUCGCAGACGGCUGGCGCAUCUCCCGCCUCCGAUUCUUCAUGUACGUCAUGACAGGCGCGGGCAUCUGGUACUUCUUCCCUGGACUGAUCUUCACCGCACUCUCCUACUUCACCUGGGUCUGCUGGAUCGCGCCGAAGAAUGUCAUCGUCAACCAACUCUUCGGGAUGCAGACCGGUCUGGGUCUGAGUCCGAUUACUUUCGACUGGAGCCAGAUCGCAUAUAACACAAACCCACUACUAUCGCCGGCAUGGGCUGCGUUGAAUGUCUUCGCUGGCUUUGCCUUCUUCUACUGGAUCGUCACCCCGGCUCUCUACUACACCAAUACCUGGUUCACGGCGUAUCUCCCACUGAUGACAGCCGAUGUAUACGACAACACCGGUGCAGUCUACGAUACAGCCCGAGUCAUCUCAGCAGAUAAUAGCCUUGACACGGCAGCGUAUAGAAAAUACUCCCCUCCCUACUUGAGCGCGACAUUCGCUUUCGUAUAUGGGCUCUCAUUCGCCGCCAUCACCUCCGUCCUCAGCCAUAUCGCCAUCUGGCAUGGCCGGGAUCUCUGGGCCGCUAUGAAAGGCCGUAACAGGCUAGACAUCCACGCUCGCCUUAUCCGUGCCUCAUACCGCCGGACACCGUGGUAUUGGUACGCAGCCAUUAUCGUGGUGAUGAUGGCGAUGGCCAUUGCCAUGAUUGAAGUCUACGAAACUAAGCUGCCUGUUUAUGGUAUCUUCCUGGGUCUGUUCAUCCCGGCUAUCUAUAUGAUUCCCUGUGGGAUCGUGCAGGGCAUCACCAACGUCGACGCGAAUCAGCUAAAUGUGCUCGCGGAGUUUAUCGGUGGAUAUAUGUUCGAAGGAAAGCCAUUGGCGAAUAUGAUUUUCAAGAUUAUUUCUACAGAUGUUGUGGGACAGGGCGUAUAUUUCGCUAUGGAUAUGAAGUUGGCACAUUAUUUGAAGGUGCCGCCAAGGGCUUGUUUCGUGGCGCAGGGUGUCGCUACUAUCCUGGGUGCGCUGACUCAAGCCGGUGUGACGAUGUGGAUGUUGGGGAAUAUCUCGGGUAUUUGUGAGUCUGAUCAGUCAGAUGGGUUUACGUGUCCGAAUGGCAGGACAGUCUAUUCUUCUUCCGUCAUUUGGGGUCUUGUUGGGCCAAGGAGGCUCUACUCGGCUGGGAAGAUUUAUUCUGGAUUGUUGCAUUUCUUCUGGAUUGGGGCUCUGGCUCCCGUUGUGACGUUCUUGCUUUAUCGGUAUACCAGAAAGCAGUUCUGGAAGUAUAUUAACUGGCCUUUGAUCUUUGUGGGCACUUAUAAUGUCCCGCCUGCUACCGGAAUCAAUUACUCCAGCUGGGCUGUGGUCAACUUCAUCUUCAAUCACUUCAUUAAGCGUCGCUUCUUUGAUUGGUGGACAAAGUAUAACUACAUUCUCGCCGCUGCACUUGAUACGGGCCUCGCUAUCAGCGGCAUUAUCAUCUUCUUCUGCAUCUCGUAUCCAGGCGCUACUUUCCCCGACUGGUGGGGGAAUACCGUGUACCUGAACACUGCGGAUGCUGAGGGUGUAGCAUACAAAGCAAUGCCAGCAGUUGGGUAUUUCGGGCCUGCGAAUGGGACGUGGAGUUAG